CCUGAGCAUGCGCACUUGGUGUAAACAGGAAGAACCGACUAAAACUAGGGCGAAAAUGAUCGGACAAAACGGAACGAACAUUUGCUUUAUUCUCAAAUUUUACUCCACAUAAAUGUUGUCCGACACCACCUGAGAGUUAUUCCGGUUACAUCUGGUUAAAGAAGGUGUUUUAUUUACGUGGACUUCGAUAGACUCUGUAAUAACGUUAGCAAGCUGCUGGUUAUUUCCUGAGUGAACAGUUGAAAACACUCGGUACGCGUUCAUCCUCUCAUAUAUCUGACUGUAAUCAAACAGAAACUCUUAAUAAUGGUUCAAAAGGAGAAGACUCUGGAAACAGCUCCAGUGGAAGGUGCACCGAGCCCCAGCCCAGUCUCCGGAGAGGCUUGUGCAGAGGCCCCUGGCCCGGCCGAGGAGUCCGGCAUUGCAGUCAAAGCUACAGGCCACAGGAAAUUCAUCAGCGGGGUCGUGGAAGGUUUUUAUGGGCGACCAUGGACGAUGGAGCAGAGGAAAGAGCUGUUCAGAAGGCAGCAGAAGUGGGGACUCAACACGUACCUGUAUGCACCCAAAGAUGACUACAAACACAGGAUGUUCUGGAGAGAGCUGUACUCUGUGGAAGAAGCAGAGCAACUUAUGACCUUAAUUGGUGCUGCUAAGGAGCAUGCUAUAGAGUUCAUUUAUGCCAUCUCCCCCGGACUGGACAUCACCUUCUCCAAUCAGAAAGAGGUUUCAGCACUUAAGAGGAAACUUGAUCAGGUUGCUCACUUCGGCUGCAAGUCAUUUGCCUUACUUUUUGAUGAUAUUGACCACAACAUGUGCCCAGCAGACAAAGAGGUGUUCAGCUCAUUUGCACACGCUCAGGUUUCCAUCACCAACGAAAUCUACCAGUACCUUGGAGAGCCUGAAACCUUCCUCUUUUGUCCCACAGAGUAUUGUGGAACCUUCUGUUACCCAAAUGUUCCUCAGUCCCCUUACCUCCACACGGUUGGAGAGAAACUACUGCCUGGGAUUGAUGUGCUAUGGACAGGACCCAAGGUUGUAUCUAAAGAUAUCUCAGUGGAGUCUAUUGAGGAGGUUUCCAAAAUCCUCAGGCGCUCCCCCGUGAUCUGGGACAACAUUCACGCCAAUGAUUAUGACCAGAAGAGGCUUUUCUUGGGUCCGUACAAAGGCCGCUCCACAGAGCUCAUUCCCCGGCUGAAGGGAGUCCUCACCAACCCCAACUGCGAGUUUGAGUCCAACUUUGUUGCAAUCCACACUCUCGCCACCUGGUACAAGUCUAACAUGAAUGGGGUGCGCAAAGACAUCGUAAUGACUGACGGGGAGGACAGCACAGUGUCCAUCCAGAUCAAGCUGGAGAAUGAGGGCAGUGAUGAAGAGCUGGAGACCGACAUGCUCUACAGCCCACAGCUAGCUCUGAAACUGGCUCUGUCAGAGUGGCUCGGGGAGUUCUGUGUUCCUCAUCAAUACAACAGCCGACAGGUGCCUCAGAGUGGUGCCAAAAGCACAGCCAUCGAUGUGUCGUCCAUGGCCGCACCCUCCCUCUGCUCUUCCACAACAGUCACAACUGUGUUCCAGCAACCCAUCAUGUCUCCUGCAAUGCCGCCUCUUUGUCUGGAUCCUCUCUCACCACUCUCACACCCCAUGGCAAAACGACCACAGGAGGUGGAGGAGGUGGAGGUGGAGAAGAAGGAUUCAGAUGAGGAGCCCAUGGAGAUGGUGGUUGAAAAGAUGGUGGACGAGCCAGAGCCAGAAGCCGAAGCCGAUCAGGAAGAGAAGCAUGUUGGUCCUAUUGUAACCGACAAGAUGGCUGAGGACCUGAAACCCAUGGACACAGACAAGGAGAUUCUGGCAGAGUCAAAGUCCCCAGAAGAGUCCAUCCAGGAGGACUCUGGGAGUGAUAUCGCCCCCAUGCAGACAGACGAUCAGCUCAAACAAGUGGCCCAAGCAUUUGAUGUGUUUGUGCCUGGACCAAAUGAGAAGCCUCUGUUCUCAGCAGAGCCCAUCACGCUGGAGGACCUGAGCAUGCUGGCAGAGCUGUUCUACCUGCCGUAUGAACACGGAAACAUGUCCAUGCAGAUGUUGAAGGAGUUCAACUGGCUGAGAGCCAACAGCAGCGUCGUCAGCGUGAACUGCAAGAGAAAAGAGACUGAAAAGGUGGAAGAAUGGCAGUCGAGGGCGGAGAAGUUUGAGGAGAUGUGCUGCUCCGUCAUCCACAUGUUCACACGACUUUCCAACUCGGCCAACCGCACCAUCCUUUACGACCUCUACCCUUACAUUUGGGACAUCAAGAGCAUCAUUUCUAUGGUCAAGUCUUUUGUCCAGUGGCUCGGGUGUCGUAGUCAGUCCUCAGCACAAUUCCUUAGAGGAGACCAAGAGCCCUGGGCCUUUAGGGGAGGUCUAGCAGGAGAGUUCCAGAGAUUGUUGCCAAUAGAUGGGGCAAACGAUCUUUUCUACCAACCCCCACCUUCACUGCCAACCUCCAAAAUAUAUUCAAUAAGGCCUUACUUUCCCAAAGAUGAGGCUGCGGUUUAUAAAAUCUGUAAAGAGACGUACUUUGAGGAACUAGAGGAGGUCCCUGUCUCUGAUGAGGAUCCUGAUCUCAUAGCAGACAGGUUAGUAGGAGGACUCCUGACGCUGAGUUCAGACUAUGGCUUUGUGUUGGAGGACGAUGAGGGCGUCUGUGGUUACGCACUUGGUACAGUCGAUGUCAAGCCCUUCCUCAAGAAAUGCCAGUUAAGCUGGACUCCUUUCAUGCAAGAGAAGUACCACAAACCUGACGAACAGAACGAUCUCACAGACGCCCAGAAAAUGAUGCUGAGUUUCCAUGAAGAGGAGGAGGGUCUACCAGAGUCCUUCCUCUCCAACUUCCCCUCUCUCAUCAAAGUCGACAUUCACGCCAAGGUCACUGACCCCAGUGUGGCCAAAAGCAUGAUGGGAUGUCUCCUUUCUUCUCUUAAGACCAAUGGCUCCCUGGGUGCAUUCUGUAAGGUUCGUCAGACCGAUAAGAGAAUGAUGGACUUCUAUAGUAAGCUGGGAUGCUUUGAGGUGGCCAAAAUGGAAGGCUUUCCCAAAGACAUCAUCAUUAUGGGACGCAGCCUAUGAAGAGAACCUCCCUGUCACAAUAACAAAGAGACGGAGAGAGAGGAAGAGCUAGUCAACAUGGCUUAAACGUGUUUGCUACCUUCGUGAGAAAAAACCUCCAUGAUAAUUUUAUACUUCAUUACCAUCUGGGCCAGCCCCUGGAGACUUCUUUUUAGGAUUUGUGUACAGAAGCACAGAAAUCGCACACAGAUGUUCAUGCUGCCCUUAGAUGUUAUGGCUCUGUUGGAUUCAGCAGAUCUGAAGCUGAGGCACGAUCUGUCGUCAGAUUUGAGCUAGAGAAUGGAAGAGUGGCACUCCAGCGUUGUUUUCUGGGGUCUCACUGAUCAUAUACCUCCAGGAGGCAGAGGGUAAUAACUCCAUAAGCCUUUUGCUGAUUGAAUCCAGAAGCCCUUAUAUGGUUAAUGCCUGCAUGCCCUAAUGCAAAGUGUCUGUAUCUGAAAUGGAGGCAGAGCUGUGAAAUGAGGGCGACCUGUAUCUCAGGUAGUAUCUUACUACACCUACAGCCUGCAUCCCCCGGAUGUAACAUAGAGAAACACCACAGCUGUAGACACAAGUAGGACACCUUUCUACAGGAUGUGAGGUGCUAUGUGAGAGUUUGCCUUCCAUUAUCACAUUAGGGUAUUGCUCCACUGUAGACUUGAAGAAAGAGGCCUUUUCAGUGGCGUGUUUCUAACAUAAAGUGGUUCGAAGUGCUGAUUCUGUGCACAUGAAGGGUGAAAAACUGUAGCUCUUGGACUUGUUAGAAUAUUAAUCUAAGGUUCUUUCAAGCCAGAAAAGGAAAAAGUAUUUGUUGAGACUCUAAAGACUCAACCAGGAGGUCUUCUUUAUUUCCGUUUCAGUAGAGGUAGACAUUUGGAAAGCAAUAGAAAAGCUUCCACGAGUUUACAAACAUUGUCCUCUGCCUAUUUUUACUCAGCACUUUGCUUGUGGCCAUUUUUUCUUUUUUAUAAAUCUGCUUUUUUUUCUGCUCAUGUCCCCUUUAAGCUAUUGCCUUUUGGUUCAUUGCCUUUGGAUUUUAGGUUUAUAUAUUUUACCCCUGUGUCUUCUGUGUAAAGGCUUUAGAACUCGGCUGUUAGAUACAGCAGGAGAGCAUUUUUUUUUCCUUUUUGGACAUUGGCCUUUUUGUUGCUGAAAUUCCAGAGAUGUAGCAGAGAUAGAAAUUGACAGUCACAUGUCUACUUUUUAGAUCCAAGCCUACAGAGUAGAAAAUCUUAUGUUAACCUAAGCAGAGCUACGGUCAUACAUAACUGUCAGCCAAAGCUCAGACUGUCUUGUUAAGCAGAAACACAUUGGAGCACUGAAGGUUAGUAAAACUGAAGACUUUGAAGCAUAAAGCAUCUCAAAGCUGCUCAGUUUAUUCUAAACCACUUAUUCUAAACUUGACUAGUACAGCCGCUAAUCUAGACUCGGCUCAAAGGAUGAUAAAACAACAAAAAAAUUCAUCUUUUGCUUUUUUUUUCCACCAUAAAUAAUCCGUUUACAGUCAGCUUGCGUCCCUUCUUGCAUUCUCUUUGAUGAAUGUCUUCUCAGUCGAGCCUUGGUGAGCAGUGUUUCAGAAGCUGAAUUCUGUCACCAAAGUUGACUCCCACAUUUUUUGUUGUGUGGGGCUUGGAGCAAAAAAUUCCUCAGCCUUUCCUACGUGUCCAUUGAAUGUUUUAUAAUCUUAAUGCAUUUCCCAUUUUGUUUUUGUAAAUGUAUGUAGUUACUUAAAAAAAACAAAACCUAAUAAAGCGGCGUGUUCUGUCGGUUACAUGAGGAUCAUCAGUUGCUCUUUGGUAGCUGCCUGCCAAUGUGAUGUUUUGAUACUGUGUACAUUUCAUGAUGUGCAUGAGGUGUAUUGGAUUUGCUGUGGUGGUCAUUAGAAUAACCUCAUCUUUUGCUGCAUAGAGGAAGAAGCAUGCCACUCACCUCUAUGAGCGUAAUACUGUAGUAUGCUGACAGUCUGUAAACACUGUCAAACAUAAAGUGUUAUUAUUAUUUUGUAUAUCUUAAAGCUGUGGCUCACGUUCUGUUGUCCUUGAAGGAAAAGAAAAUGCUGCUCCUUGUUACAGGGAAUCCUGCCUGGCUGUGUUUCAGCGAGGUGUGAAGCCCCGCAACAGACUGCAGCAUUUUCACGCUCAUUUUUAAUGGUUCGUCUUUCAGUUUGUCGAUGCCCGAGCUUUCUCCUCUGCCAACCAAGGUUUGAUAGAAACAGGCUGAGUGUGAGAAAGGGCUCCAAUUGUACAUUUUGAUUAUCUGAGUUACGGGAAGGGGACAGGACGGGGUGGUUGUUAUUAAAGUGACUGUUUGACCAAUGUAAAAUUUGUAUGUAAGAUACAUAAUAUCAAAAAUAAACAAACAAUAAUAAGUUG